AUGAAGGGCGAUUACGAUGUUGCUGAUAUUACCAGCGAUAAUGGGUUGGAUGAUGUGUCAAUUCGAAAAGCUUUUGAAUCGGGUGUUGAUUUACGGCAGUAUUCCGCAAAACUUCAAGAACAGCUUCAAUCUGCUCAUUUGCUUGCCGUGAAAGACUGUAUCGACCAAGCGGAAAAACUUGCUGAAUUGCAUGAAGAGAUCACUGCUUGUGAUGAUGCAUUUGCACAAUUGGAAGGAAUGCUUCGGAGUUUUCAAUCAGAAUUGGGUACAAUUAGUUCAGACAUGAAAAGACUGCAACAACAAUCGGUCGAUAUCAGUCAACAGUUGCAAAAUAGACAAAAAAUUCGCGGAGAACUGAGCCAGUUUGUUGAUGACAUGGUUGUAUCUCAAAAUAUGAUACAAACAAUCGUUGAACGAGACGUUGGAGAACGUGAAUUUCUUGAACAACUUCAUGAACUUCAGCAUAAACUACAAUUCCUCAAAGCACAAGAAUUCCGUGACGUUAAAGCUACUUCUGAUGUGCAUGAUGUUAUUGAAAAUUUAAAAUAUAAGGCAAUGGCGAAAAUAAGAAAGUGGCUACUUUUGAAAAUUUCAUCUUUCAAGAGACCUCUAACAAAUUAUCAAAUCCCACAAGGAGCACUUCUUAAAAAUCGAUUCUUUUAUGAAUUUUUAUUGGCUAAUGACAGGCACUUAGCUCGAGAGAUUCGAGAUGAAUAUGUUGACGUUAUCAGUAAAAUGUUUUUUACCUAUUUCAAAACAUACGCAUCGAGAUUGUUCCGAUUACUGCUCGCUGAUGUAGCUAAUAAAGAUGAUCUUUUGGGUGCAGAAAAUACGAUGAAGACAACUAGUCUUUUCAGUUUGAAAUCUCAGUUGCGGAAUCGAGCUACUGUUUUUUCCCUGGGUAAUCGAGACAGCUUGUUAUCAUCUGAUUUGAUGUCUCCACUUAUUGUACCACAUGUAGCCCAACAAGCAAACGAACGGUUCCAAUUUGAGAAUUUAUUUCGGAGUUUACAAUUUGCAUUGGUGGAUCAUUCCUCUCAUGAAUAUUUGUUUAUAUCAGACUUUUUCAUGAUCAGUGGACAAACUUCGUUUGAGCUUUUCAGUGAAAUUAUAAUGCGUACAAUAACUACCUUACUGAAAUCAUGUGAAGAACACAUAUCUUCUAAUUAUGAUGCUGUAUCACUAUAUAUAUGCAUUGGUCUGUGUUCCAAGUAUAAAGAAUUAAUGAUUGAACGGGGAGUUCCAGCUUUAGAGAGUUAUUGGGAGACAUUAAAUUGUGCGUUGUGGCAUCGUUUUGAUGUUGUUAUGGGUUUGCAUAAUUCGAGCUUACGUGAUCUUGACGCGCAUAAAAUGCAACUACAACCAGAUACCCAUCCACACUAUAUCAUAAGACGUUACGCAGAGUUCACAUGUGCAUUGCUGGUUUGCAGUCAAACGUUGAUGCAACAGAUCGAUCCAAAAUUGCAGCUUUAUUUGACUAAACAGCAGGCUGAAAUCGAAAAUUUUCUAACUCAUAUUUCUGAACAAUUAACUACUCGCGUUCAACGACUGGUUUGUUUGAUCAAUAACUAUGAUUUGAUACUCAAUGUUCUUGAGGAACGGAUAACAUUCGAUUCAAAAGAAAAAUCAUCCUUUUGGGAAUUGAAACAAAAUCGCAUCAAUGAAUACGUCGAACUGAUGCUUCGACCUCAUUUUGGUGAUCUAAUGUCAUUUGUCAAUGAAUGUGAACCACUGAUCGAACAGGGUCACAAGCAACUUUUAAUUCGUUAUUCGGAUAAUGUUGCAAAAAUUGUGCGCAGUUUUUGUGCUAAUUGGAAAAAAUCAAUAGAUGCCAUAAACAACGAAAUUGUCCGAUCAUUUGCAAAUUUCAAAAAUGGCACCAACAUCUUACAAGCAACAUUCACACAAAUUAUUCAGUAUUAUCAUCGAUUUAGCAAAGUAUUAUCGCAUGAAGUAUUUGCAGAAAAUGCCGUCCUAAAAGAGCUAGUCAACAUUCAUCAUAUUAUGGUAGAAAUAAAGAAAUAUAAACCGGUAUACUAA